AUGGCGCCGUCGUUCGCUAGGAAACCGUCGUCAAGAGUCGCCACAGGGAGGACCAACAGAACUUCGCAUUCUGAGCCGAACAGCCCUGCCGCUACUCCUGGUGGAGAUACUGUCGGACCGAGAGGACAAAGCAGUCAAGGACGAGCUCGACCUUCUCCUCUCCCUCUUCCAGGCUCGCAGAGCUGGAGAAGCAGGGAUGACGGCAACGAGGGGAGUGUGGGAAGUCGAGGCAGGAAGAGCAUCGUCAACAUUCGAGAUCGCAUCGCCAACGAGCUCAAAGACAAAUUCGACCAGCACAUCUUGAUAGACAAGCUCUACGAUAAAAUCUACCGCAACACAUCGCGAACCCGCGAGGCCUUUCGGAGCUUCGACCCGGAGGGGAAGGGGAACGUUCCGCUGGAGCAAUUCUUCCAGUCUGUGGGCCUGCGGUACAACAUGAUCUUCUCGGAGCGAGAGAAAUAUCUUCUGCGUGCGUACAUGGACAAGAACAAGGAUGGCACGAUAGACUACAAGGAAUUUCUGGACCACUUCGACCAUCCUUACAACGUCUACCACAAGGCCGUCCAGCCCGACCUCCCUCCUCCUCCCUCCGCCCCCCGCACCUCCCACAGCAACAGGGUGAGGUCGAGCCCGAGCUACCCGGCCAAGUCGCAGAGAUCGCAGAGGGCGGAGGAGGAGGAGAAGGAGAGGGACGCGCUUGUGCGGAAGAUCCGGCAGAAGCUGUCGGCAGGGAACAAGCGGCUGCAGCGGAUUUUCAACCACAUUGACGACAACGGGGACGGGUUCCUGACGGCAUCUGAGCUGAAGAAGGGCCUCAAGGAUAUGGGCUUCGAACUGAACGAGCAGGAGCUUCACUUCCUCGUUGACUUCGUUGACUCAGGAGGGCUAGGGAGGAGGAGGAGGAGGAGGAGGGAGGAGGAGGAGGAGGAGGAGGAGGAGGAGGGAGUGAGGUCUCCAGGGGAGGGAGUGAGAGUGAGGACAGCAAAGAGCGGAGGGUAUCCUCCACCGAGCACAGGAGCGCUGUAUCCUGGUCUUUCACGCGGGUUCCUUGACAGCUACAAGGGGAGAAACGCGGCAGCGCAUGACACGUGGGAGAACUUGAUGCCUGCUCGUGAGUCCGCCUGGUUUUCUGAGGAGGGAGAUCGCUUCCUCAGCCUCAGCAGGACCGCGUACAGAGGUGGAACAGGAGGAGGAGGAGCAGGGGGAAAGGGAGCAGGAGCAGGAGCAGGAGCAGGAGCAGGAGCAGGAGCAGGAGGUGAAGGAGGAGACUGUGGAAAGGAGGAGCGGAAGGAGACGGCAGUGGUUCAUGAUCGUCAGGACUUUUGGCGGCAGAUGAAGGAGAAGUCACUGAGGAGGAGGAGGGAGAACGCAGAGAGGAUCGAGCAGGUCAAGGAGGUCAGAAAUCUUCUGCAGGAGGAGCGAGACAAGAGCAAUCUGAGGGAGAAAGGAAAGGCCCGUCUCAACAACCUCCUCUACGCUACCGGGAUGAAACUUCCAUCUCCUCCUCCUGCCUCCAGAUGA